GGGGCUGAAAUGCAAGUCAUAUAUUGGACUGGGUCAGCUUGACAGAGAUUCGAGCUGUGUGACAUCUGCCUCGAGACCAGCCCUUAAGCAGCCGUUGUCCUUCCUCUCUUGGGCCCCCUUUGCGACCCCUCGAAUCUGCCAGCUGCCAUAAAUAGAGUGGAAGAUAUGAGGCACCAUGGCGUCGACACCUCUGGGAUCCUGGAAAUGGAAAUGGAAUGGAAGUGCACAAUCGCUUGAUGACGUAUCUUCCAGACCCACGGCAGCUGUCUCUCUAGUAUCGGUAUGUACCUUGGCAAGGAGGAGAGGAGCGGACAAACACCUGGUGGUCCGGCGGUUAUCGGAUGGUGUGUGCUAUGCUUCUAGAUCCAGCAUUCACAUUUGCAACAAAGAAAGGAAUGAAGGCAAUACUUGGCUGUGGUUGCGUGCAGCAACAUAUGUGAUGAACCAUUCGUGCCCCUCAGAUAGACAACUCCCUGUCCUACAUCAGUUGUACGUACACCAAAAGAAAGAUCAGUACAUGUCGCCGUCGACGUCGUUGGCUGGCGCCUCACGAAUUGUUUGCUUGAUCCCUUCUUCUUGAUUCUGACUUGAGCUCACGUCUCACGCACGCACCGGCCAGCCCACCUUUGACCCUUCUGGCGCGCCUCACUGUCCCAGCAAUCUAAUUUGAUGCCUUAAUUCUUCCAGCCCAGAGUCACAGCUCGAUUGUCCGCCCCCGAAUGGAUAGAUAGAUGUUCUGAGGUUCUGCACUGCACUGCACCGCCAGACCGACUUGUUGCUGCUGCUGCCA